AUGGCAAAAGACACCGAACUUGACACAGAGCUGCCGUCUGUUGAGGAAGAUCUCUAUAAGCUUCUGGGCAUCGAGUCCGACGCUACUCCAGAAGCCAUCAAGACUGCAUACAAGAAGAGUGCACUCAGGAAUCACCCCGACAAGGUGAGCGAAGAUACCCGUGAAGCAGCCAACGCGAAGUUCCAGCAGAUCGCGCUGGCAUACGGUGUUCUCUCCGAUCCUCGACGACGAGACGUGUACGAUCGCACUGGCAGCACAAAUGAAGCCUUCUCCGAAGACAGUGACUUCAACUGGAUGGACUUCUACCGCGAACAGUUCUCGGCGAUGAUCGAUGCGCAGAAGAUUUCCGAAUUCCAAAAAAGCUACCAGAAUUCAGAGGAGGAAAAGAAUGACCUGCUGGCAUCAUAUGAAACCCACCAAGGUGACAUGGAUGCCAUUUAUGAGUCUGUGAUGUUGUCCAAUGUUUUAGAUGACGAUGAACGCUUCCGUGCGAUUAUUGACCAGGCGAUUGCCGACGAAGAGGUGGAGGACUACAAGGCCUAUUCCCAAGAGUCCGAGAAGAAGAAACAACGGCGGGUGAAGCAGGCUCAGAAGGAGGCGGCUGAGGCGGCAAAGGAAGAAAAGAAGAUGCAGGCCAAGAAGAAGAAGUCCGGGAAGAGUUCGGGAGGGGUGUCUGAUUUGGACGCACUGCAGGCCAUCAUCUCUCAGCGCCAGAAAGACCGUGGUGGGGAUUUCCUCUCUCGAUUAGAGGAGAAGUAUGCGCAGCCUGGGGACAAGCGUCCUGGGGAUGAUGGGCCCUCGGAGGAGGCCUUUGCUGCUGUUGGUGCGCGGAAGAGUUCAAAGAGCAGGUCGAAGAGGGUGAAGACUUGA